AUGAACGCACAAGCAGAAAAAGACGAGCAAAACGCGCUCAAACAGGCCGGCGACGUCAUACUGGACGUCUACGACGUGAAAAAUCAGCACGUCUUUCAAAAGAGAGACGUCGCUAGGGAUCAGCUUUCGUUUUUGUUUGAAGACGUGAGCGAUAUUUUUUUCUUAGAUACAAAAAUACGAGCUGAUACGUUUUCUUUAGGACAAGCCAACCGUACCAGGGGUGCGGUAUUACACGCCUUGACGCCCAAUUUACACCCGCUGUCUAACCAAAACGCGGACAUAGAUCUGUUCUUGUAUGGUUUGUCCGACGCGCAAGCGCGAGAGAAGAUCAAGCGUCUCUUUGAAAUCGCCAAGAAUCAAAAAGGGUGCAAAUCGCCCUCGACGAAACCGUGCGUCUUGAGAACGCAACACACGGUGACGUUUGUUUUUGCGUUUCCUCAUCGAAAUGUCUCUGUCAUUUUGCGUCUCCACGACGACGCGCCGCAAGUGGUACAGUGUUUUGAUGUAGACUGUUGUGGAUUUUACUACAACGGGAAAACCGUGAAGUGUACGGUUCGUGCCGCAUUGGCGUUGCGAACCCGAUGCAACGUAAUGGUGGAAGAGAAGCGAACGCCGGCUUACGUGCAACGUCUCUUGAAGUAUGUUAGAAGAGGCUACUCGAUCGCUGUUCCAGGCCUGAAAUGGGACGAUAACGAAGAAACGCGUCGCAUGUGGACGAAAAAGAGAAAAUCAGAUGAACCGCAGUCUUUCAUUCGCUCCUACUACGGUGAUGGUGAUGAGUGUGAUAAGUACGAAUAUUUUGAGGCCACACAGAUGGACAAGCUAUUGCUCGCGUGUAAAGCUGGGCGCAAGGUUUUUACUCCCGAAAUUGAUCGAGGGGAAGAUACGUAUCCUAUGCUUAAGCGUCUAAACAUCAACCCAGGUCAUGCAAUCCAGACUCGUCGCUCAAAGUUUCCGCCGCGCCUUCAGAACACGAAAGAAUUGGCUUUGUUAUAUUUCUCCGAACCUCCAGAGGAGGUCGAAGAUGAGUACGAUUUCGACAUGUUCAGAUUGCCCCUGGGGCACUUCAACGACCUCGUCGCUUGGAAAGUUGACGGCUUCCUUUCUGCGAAGAAGAAAUGUAAAGGACGCGUCGAAUUCCAAAUCGGCGGCAUACCCACCGGCAGAGCCGAGCUUUUGAACGAAAGACAAGGUCCGCUGUUUAAUAUUCCAAAAGAGGAUCAGAACGAGUAUCAAGAACCACCGAAAUUGGAGGUGGUUAAUCGAGGCGUGCGCAUCAUGCUCGCCGAGUUCGCCCCUCCUGGGAGCGCGCCCCCCGGUGCAUCCGCGAAGGAUCCAAUCGUGUUGUGA